AUGACUUCGGUUUUCAAAAAUGGUCGCAUCUUCAUGCCGCAGGCCUCAACGGGCCAUGGCGACGAAUUUGCAGACAGCAUGGUCAUUGAAAAUGAUAAAAUCACAUAUGUCGGCCCUUUAGAUGGACUCUCUGCACCAGAAGAUGCCAAGAUCAUCGACUUGGAAAACCGCACUGUCAUCCCAGGCUUUAUCGAUGCCCAUGUGCAUAUCCUACACUAUGGACAGUCUUUACGGAAAGCCGACCUCAUCAGCUGCAAGAAUCUUGAUGAAAUUCGGGAGACCAUCAACUCAGCCGCUCUCGAUGAGAUGAAGGUUCACGACUCACCAGAUCUCCCCGGUGGAACCAUUCAGCGUGAUGAGAAUGGAAGAGCUACAGGCCUGCUUGAUGAGUCUGCGGUCAUGAACCUUGCAUGGCCCUACAUAGAGAGCGUGACUUCUACGGAAGACAAGCUCAGUGCUUUGGACACUGCAGUCUCCGCAUAUACCGCGGCUGGCUAUACCGGACUAGUGGACAUGGCCAUGGACGAAGGAACAUGGGAGAUCCUGAAUAUCUACCGUCGGGAUCAUCACAUCCCAUUCCACAUUGGUGCACAUUGGCUCGUUCCUUUCUCGACCGAUCAAAAGGCAAACUUCAAAUACGUUGAUCGGGCAAUCGAGCUCCAUAAGCAAUACGAUCAACCCGACUUUACCAUAGUCGGAAUCAAGCUCAUCUGUGAUGGCGUCGUGGAUGGAUGUACCGCUGCUCUCCUCCAACCCUACACUGGCAAAUCCGAUCCCGUCGAGCCAAUCUGGCCAGAAGAUAUGCUCCAGGAGGUCGUCCAGCGCGCCGAUCAAGCAGGAAUCCAAUGCGCUAUCCACGCCAUCGGCGACAAAGCAGUCCACCAAGCAAUCAACGUCCUCUCCCGUGUGGGUACCCCAGGCCGAAGACACAGAAUCGAACAUUUGGAAAUGACAACCUCCGAAGAUGCCAAGCGCCUCGGCGAACUCGGCAUUACUGCAUCCAUCCAACCCGUACAUUCCGAUCCAGCUCUCUUCAAAGCGUGGCCCGGUCUUGUCGGUCACGAGCGCUGCAAACGUGCUUUUGCAUAUAAAGAGUUCCUGGACGGAGGGGCCCCGAUUGCAAUUGGUACUGAUGCGCCGACUGCGCCGCACAUGCCGUUCCCGAAUCUUUACAAUGCUACGACUCGGCGCUCGGCGCUUGAGAUUGAGAGUGAGGAUACCGUCAAUUCUCAUUUCGCGCUUACUCUGGCGCAGGCGGCUACGGCUGCUGCUGCUGGGGCUGCUUAUGCUCGUUUUGCGGAUGGGUGGACAGGAAGUCUGAAGAAGGGGCUAGAUGCGGACUUUUUGGUUGUCGACGUGCAGUGGACGCCGGAGAAACUGCUUGGUGGAAAGGUCUGCCAGACUUGGUAUCGAGGUCAGAAGGUCUUUGGGUAA